AUGGCUAUAGCUCCGACAGUCCUAUUUAGCGGUUCAACCCGAGCAGCCUCCUACGAUUGCAUUGCCUCCACAGACUCAAUGGGCAGCGCGAAUAAUUCCGAUUACGACCAAUUCGUCACUGCAGCCGUAUCAACUCAUAUUCAGGACUCGACGAUAUAUGUUGAUGUGACUCCCUUAGAUGCCUCGACUGAACAACUUCUUUCUCUGCCGAAGGGAGUCAACACAACAACGGGUCGUUUCAAUCUGAUUUUCUCUUGGUACAAUAUUGGCGAUGAUGCAGAGUUUCGAUAUGGUGACUGGGAGGUGAGCGCGAGUGUAGCUCUGGAUGCGGGAGUAACGGCUACGUUCGGAAUGCGCUCACAGAUGGGAUCUAUUGUUCUUGGGUCCCGGGACUCUGAAGAUCUACCCAGCCUGGUUGGCCCCGCAUCGUCGAUAGUUGGUACUUUCCCGCGAAAUGCCACGCUUGCCAAGACCUACUGCUCAGGUUUGACCUCGAAAUUCUUUCGACCGCAAUAUACAGCGGUGCAAGGAUGGGUUGAAUUUUCGCGUAGCGGGAAUGCAAGUGCAGACGCGCGGGGUUUGUUUGGAUUGCAAGGGAAGGGCAUAAGCAUGAAGAGUAAGCUGACGGCGGUCAAAGAGGGGUGCUCAAUGGCUAUGAUACGGUGCGUUCCUGAUCAUGAUGGCUUUGAGGUAUGCUUGCAGGAUUUUUCAGAAUGA